ACUUACGGGUUCGAGAAUAUAUUUACUUUGGAAAAUCUCGAGCGAAUUGGUCUUCUUUAUUCAAGCCAAUCAUCAUCGAGUCUUCCAGUCGCUUCGAGCCAUCUGCCUAUGGGGAUCGGCUUGCCUUCAGUUUCUGGUCCAUCUGGCUUUGCCUUGGCUCAGCCAGAGGCUUCUGGUUCCUGUCGGUUAAGCGUUCAGGCAGUGAGUACCGCGUUCGUGCAUACCCUUCGGCGCAGUCUCAAACUAUUGGUUAAGCCUACUGAGGCGCAAACGACUUCUCCAGUUGGAAUCUCCCACGCCGGAGAAUCCGGCUUCGGACAGGAUGCCCAGCUUUCUAACUUGUAUGCUGGCUACAUUCCAAUCUCAGUUCGUAUUGUGCAGGCCAUGAGCCUUAACUGGGGUGGACAAUCUGUUUCCAAUAGAUUUUUUACUGGCGGAAUGUCUCUCGCCAACUCCCCGAGCGCUUCUGCGUAUGGGUCAGAAAGCCCUAGAUUUGGGCAACUAGCUGGAAGCCCUGUUGCAACUGCCGGCAGCGGGCUUCAUUCUUCGUCAGGCACACUUAUGGCCGCCGGUCUUCGGCUUGUUUCCUCCGGCUUACGAGCUCUAGAUGACUCCAGUUCCUCUGGAAUUCCCUCCAGUUCUGUGGCUAACAGUGGUCUUGUCAGUCUUGUACCCGGUCCAGAGGCCUAUGAAACGCAGGUAAAUCGUUGA